AAGCCAUCCGUCAUCAAUCACCAUCUCAGGGCGGCUCAUUGCGCCCACGAUUUCAGUCAACAUGGAUCUUCAUCACACGAGUCAACUCACCCCCUUCAACGUCGUUGUGCCUAACAUGUAUGGCAUCGCCUUCUCCAUGUCCAGGUGAUAGUUGCUAAAUGUCCUCGACUAUCCAUCAUGACGCGCCGAAAGCGUACUUCUUCACCUUCACCUUCACCUUCUUCUGCUGCAUCUCAGAAUCAGAAACGCGUGGCAUUUGAAAUCCCCGCCUCGCUACAACACUUCUCCACCAUUUCACAAUCCUUAGCAACAAAGCCUGGAUCCAAACCACCUACAACUUCUGUUCAGAAGACACAAUCGCAGCCUCGACCGACCUCACAGUCCCCGUCUCACCCUCGAUCCUCCUUGCCCGCCACAAGUUCCCAAAAUCCAAAACACUCCUUCAUACCACAGAAGCGGUCCUUUCCCGAUGCGCAGUCCUGGCCACAACCCGUUCCAAAGCCUCAAGCGUACUCGGCUACCGCUAGGCUUGGAGGCAAGCCUGUAAACCAGUCCAAGGCUUCUCCUCCAGCCACUAUGUCCCAGGAUCGAUCGGUUCCCAAAGCCCCGGCGAGCCCCCAACGACGGAGUGCAAGCAAUCCAGGUUUACCUACCCUUCCUGCUCAAGAACCUGCCUUGAAACCGGGGGAAGCACCUAAUCUAAAGACCCAUCCCAACCUGAUUGCGUCGUUGGUUGCGCAAAAGAGAGCGGAGAAUGAUGCAAUGGGAUUCCGGGAAAGGUGGGCAAGAAAACAAGCCGAGUAUAGGAUGUCCAAGUCUCCGGUAAAUCAGCUGAAUCACGAACUACACCGAGAAGCUGCUGGUAGUAAUGGCAGGCAAAUCCAGUCAAGGUCUGCGUCGAACCCUCUGCCUGCACGAUCUGCGCCUGCUGCACCACAAGCGAAACAUACAGCCCCAGUGAUAAUUGAGGUCGAUACUCCAUCCGCUGAGACAGUGUCUACACCUGCCACAGAAGAUUCGAGAACGAGAAAGAGAAAACACCCCCCGAAAGACCAACGGCCGAACGAAGACGAUUCACUGUUUGGGUCGCCAUUUUCCUCUCCCAUAGCAGAAUUCCUCGAAAGAGCUACUGACGAUGCCGGUCUGAAAGACGGAGCCGAACGAAAUGUGACAACCUCUGCAAGAUCGUCCAUGACUGGUACACCGACGCUUCCGCCUCGUGACCAACGGAGACAACAUACCUCUCAAGUCAGCAACCAUCCAGACCCGUCUGGGAAUUCGUCAAUUCCUCCCCUGUUCUCUGAUAAGCCAUUUAACAAUCAGCCGCGAUCCCAAUCAAAUCAAGCGGUUCAAUCCAACAUGUACGACAACUCACCCACAGUCAUGCAACAGCAGCUACACCCGAACUCUCCCAUGUCGAUGCGGAGCACGACCAACCAAUCUGUAGCAUAUGGGCCGCAACCUCCAAUCGCUCCUCGGUCAUCUUUGGCCCCGUCUCAUCCUUAUUAUGCUCGAGCCCAAUCAGUCCCUGGGUAUUAUAAAAUUGAUAUGGGUCAAUAUUACAAUAAUACUGCAGGCCCCGCUUCAUCCUGCCCUUCACCCAAUGUUGGUCCGUCUCAGGCAUACGGCAAGUCUCCUGCACCAUUGAGUAUGACCUAUCCGAGUUAUAACCUGGGAGGGAGCCCCUAUAUGUUCUCAUUGCCGCAAGCUCCAGGGGCGAUUCCUACGUAUGGCGCUACUAUGGUAACGGCGGCGGAGCAGACAAAGGCGCAGUCGUCCGACCCAGGGCUUAUGACAGCCGCAGAUAUGGUCGCCGGGGUCAAUACAAAAUUCAGGAUAUCAACAAAAGACGGGUUCGCCGUGCCCAAGCGUUUCUAGGAGGCGCUUUGGUAUGGUUUCGAUCCUUGCGAAGGAGAUUUCCAGAUUCAGAGGGAGGAUUAUCAGCACGCCGAUAUCGGGCAGGAGGGUAUCAGGCGUCCGACGACAUUCUACGACGUAUAGAUGGUUACUACGAUGGUGCGAGCAUUGAUUGUUUUGUACAGACGGUUAGCGAUGGAGUUUGGUGCGGUAUGCGAUAUGCAAGCGACGAUUGUUAUUUUUGUACAGCCUUAGCACCAGCAUUAUACUGGCGACAUGCCUUUACUUGUAGCUAAUAUAGAGCGAGCGACCGUUCAAUGCAAGAGCC